AUGUCCUUGAACAAAUGGAAUUUGGGACACACCUGGCCAGAAUUCAAAGUGAGCAAUUUAUUGGUAUGUCAAAAAUGUAAUAAUGAAAAGGGUGAGGUUACGCUCAGAAAGAAGGAUGGUUAUUGCAAUGGAUGUUUCUUGAUUAGUACAAAUCAUAAAUUUCGAGCGACCCUAGGAAGGUCCAAAAUUGUGAGACCAAGCGAUACUAUAUUGGUUGGCCCCAAUGGCCAAGCUGGAUCCUCAGCUUUUCUCAAUCGUGUAGCAAUUGCAAUUUUAAGUAAUGUAGCGUUAGGAAGAGGUGCAAACUUGUCAUCAGACUGCGGUUUGAUAGAUAAUAGGCAUAAUGAUGUGAUGAUUUUACGCCCUAUGCGCGAUUUUAGCCGACAGGAGCUUUAUUAUUAUCUAAGAAUACGUGAUAUCAAGUGCAUUGAUGAGAAAGAAUUAAAAGACAAUCGGCCCCCUUUUAUCCAAAAACUGACUGGAAAAUUCGUGAGAAAUUUGGAAGAACUAUUUAGUGGUACAGUCUCGACGAUUUUCAGAACGGGUGAAAAAAUUGUUGCUGGUAAAGCUCAACUGAGGACUGAUUACGAAAUGCAGAAACUUCCGAACUUCUUCAGGGACCUUGCAACAUGA